UCUUGAUGACUACCAAAGGCGAAGCCGUAGCUCUUGCUGUCGCACUAAUGACUACUGCAACAAUCGCGACGUGUGACCAUGGAUUAGUCGCAAAACUGAAAAGAGUAAUAAUGGAGCGUGAUCUCUAUCCUCGCCAGUGGGGUCGUGGUCCUGUUUCCAUGGAAAGGAAAAAACUUGUUGCCCAAGGUUUACUUAAAAAGUUUGCCAAAUCUGACGGUGUGACAAAUAACCCGAACUCUGUUGGAUCCAAAACCAAAAUGGAAGUAAGUGAGGCUGGGGAAGCUGUAACACGGCGAAUUAAAGCACCAAAUCCUUCCGACUCAAGUGACGAUGAAAUGACAAGCAAAAAUUUGAACGAUCACGACGGUCAGGAUACGGGAGCUGAAGAAUCAUCAUCCGACGACAGUGACUGACUCUAUUUUUCAGAGCUAUAAAUAAACUGUAUAUUUUCUCGCAAUUGAUUGUGUUCUCGUGUGC